CCCGUUUUAAACCACCGCGUCUAUUUGUGAAUGACGUAACGCCAAAACAACAUGGCGUCGUCUUCAGGAAAUAUAAUUUUAAAUGAGUAUAGCCGGGUAGACCGCUGCCUCUUUUGAGGCACUGGUGUUGUCCAACUUUCACUUGUGAAUACAAUAACUAAUUACCAGAGGCCUGCGUACUUAGACAUUUGUACCCGACAGUCCUGUUUUAUCCGAGGCGACUCGGUGACGGCGGUCAAGGAUGGACUGUGGAGAGUACAUGCCACCAAUGGAGCCUUUAGCGGAAUUUGGAAAUGGAUUAACAGUAGGGGACAUCUAUGAGAUGCUCCAGCUUGAUCCCGACUUAUUUGAGGAGCUGGACACUCUAAGCACCACCCCUCGACCAGCCAAUCAAAACCCGGGCUCUGCGCCAUCAUCAAACCCGGUUGCCUACCACAACUCCGGCGUUGGUCUCUCUGCCCCCCCGACAUUGUCGCCCAGGUCUGGCUCCCUCCCCCCAAAUAUCUCCCCUGCUCAGUCGCCCUCCACAGCCACACCAUCUACAGUACAGCAUCAGGUGACCCGUACCCCACCGCCCCUUCAGCCGCGGCCUCAGGUGGUCCACCCCAUCCAACCCCAUCUGGUGGCCCAACCCACCAUUCAGAUGCAAACCCAGCGAUUCCCGGUUCACACUUUGGUCCCAACACCCAUCCAGACAUCUGCGGCCCAAACGGUGAUGAUUGCCACCACUGGUGGGCAGUCACGUUUCAUCCAAAACCCGGUCAUCUACCACCAGAGCCCGACUCCUGGUUUCCCAGUACUUCAACCACAAGUGCAGAGCAUUAUGACAACACCUCAACUCCAACCGGUGACGAUUCAACAGCGCCUUCUGACAAAUGGUCAGACCAUUCAGACUCUCUCUACAGCGCCCACUACAGUCCACACUAUGCCGCAGCAAGUGCAACAGGUUCUGGUUCAACAGCCUCAGAUUUUGAAGACCGAUUCCCUGGUACUAUCCACCAUGGCAAACCCAGGAGGGAUCACCACAUUGACCACGCCCCUCCAGAACACAACACUGCAAGUCCCGACACUGAUGGGCAGCAGCCUCCUGACUUCUGUUCUGGGAGGCGGAGAGAAGCUGACAAUCAAACACCUGCAGCCGGGCUCCUCUCACUGCACAAACGGCACCAUCUCAGGUAUAGACCAAAGCGCUUUGACUGCAGCGGGGCUGUGCCAAGGAGGGGUGGUGAAGGAGGGUGAGAGAAGGACCACCCACAACAUCAUUGAAAAGAGGUACCGCUCAUCCAUCAAUGACAAGAUUGUGGAGCUGAGAGACUUGGUUGUCGGCAAUGACGUCAAGAUGCAUAAGUCGGGAGUGUUGAGUAAAGCCAUUGACUACAUUAAGUACCUGAAACAGGUCAACCAUAAACUCCGACAGGAGAAUCUGACUCUUAAGAUGGCAAACCAGAAGAACAGGCCAGUGACAAUGUCUGAGGAUAUGGAGCCUAAAGAGGAAAUUGCAAUUAUGUCACCUCCAGCCUCCGACUUGGGCUCAAUUUCCCCUCAACAGUUUUCUCCUUACAAUGUGGACUCUGAGCCCAGCAGCCCCUUAAUGGAUCACGAUCAGAUGAAGUGUGAGCCAGACUCUCCUAACUUUGUUGGAGUGAUGGAUGGCUCUCGUCUGCUUCUCUGUGCCCUGACCUUCUUCUGUCUCUCCCUGAACCCGCUGCCCUCUUUGCUGGAUUCGGAGAUCUCGGAGAGUCUUUCUAGUGGCCACGGACCUUCUAGAUCUCUAUCCUGGUUCCCGGGCCCCACUCAAGAUUUGGCCUCUUGGCUGCGUUGUCUGUUGCCAUGGGUGACGGUUUGGAUGCUGAGUGGGCUGGGAGCAAUUUGGGGUUGCGUACGGGUGCUCUACCUCUGGGAACCUGUCACGCCCCUUCACUCCCCCAAGUCGGUGUCCUUCUGGAGACACCGAAAGCAAGCUGAUGUUCACCUCAAGAGAGGAGAUUAUGCUGCAGCAUUGACAAGUUUAGAGACUUCCUUGUCCAUCUUGACCAGAGCGUUGCCUUCCACCAAACUGGAUCUGGUCUGCUCGUUGACCUGGAAUGUGAUUCGCUAUUGUUUACAUCGCCCAACCCCUCUCGGGUGGCUGGUUCACCAAAUCAGAGGCAAACACGAGGGGGACGAGGCGAGGACAAGCGCGAAGGAUGCCGCCCUGGUAUACCAUCGUCUGAGCCAGCUGCAACUCACGGGAAAGCUACCUCAGCGAAGCAGCUGGUGGGCCCUGUCGCUGUCUCUGAGUGCUGUCAACCUCAGCGAGAGCGCCCAAGGAAAGAUGGCCCCCGCUCAACUCGCCGAGAUCUACGUGACGGCAGCCGCAGCCAUGCGCACUGUACCCGCUCUCUACAUCACCUGUUUGCCCGGUUACUUACUGAGCUGUGCCGAGAGCCUUGCAAAUCAAUGCGAAGCAAAGCACAUUCCUGACGGCCUGCGCUGGCUUUUCAACCCAUUGGGCAGGAAGUUCUUUUUAAGCUGCGAUUGGUCAUUGAAGUCGGAGAGCAGCGAUGGGGUGUUCACGUCAAAGAGAGACCCAGGAGACCCAGUGGCCCAGUUGCACCGCUGUUUCUGCAGGAAGUUGUUGGAGAGAGCCGUUCACACCCUCAUCCAACCUCAAAAUGACUUUGAAGCGUGCAAACACAAACAAAGCUCUGGAGAGUUUUCCAGCGCCCUUGAGUUUCUGCAACAGUUGAAUAAAUGCACAGAGGACUCGCCGUCUGCUCCUCCCUUCUCAACUCCUCCCAGUCACACCAUCACAUCAGUGAGAGAUCCAGUGAGUCGUUGGUGGGCGUUGGUCCUAAAGGCUACCAUCUAUUGGCUUCAAGGUGAUGAUGUCACUGUGAGGUCUCUGUUGGUGGAAGCAGAGCGGAUGCCAAGGACACGGCACACUCUUGACCACCCUCUGCCCAAGGCUGUGCAGUCACUCUGCAAGUCAGUUCAGAUGAGUCUGUCACCUCUAAAGGGAGAAGGAACAUCAGCCUGUCUGUCCCGUUGUGACCAAGCCAGCAGCUACCUGCGCUCCAGCAUCUCUGUACCGCUUGGGCAGCCCGGCGAUGGCUUAAACAAGGCGAUGGAGCUCUUGGUAUGCGACCUUCUACUGACCUUGAGGACCAGUUUAUGGCAGCGAGGAAGCAGCACUAAUGGGGAACCGGGCCCAGCAUCUGCCUCGCAGUUGGCUGGUUUUCAAAACGACCUCAGUGCGCUCAGAAAGCUCACGCAGUGCUCCAGACAGGCCCAGCAUAAGAUGUUCCUCCACGAGACCACGGUGAGGCUGAUGGCCGGAGCCAGUCCCACAAGGACGCACCAGCUGCUGGAUCACAGUCUGCGACGCAGGACCAACGGCCUCCCCAAUGCAGAGGGUGAGAGGGAGCGGGCUCACGCCAUUCUGCUGGCCUGCGGCCACCUGCCCAUGCCUCUGUUAACCCCGCCCGGGCAUCGUGCCCACCUGCUGGCCGAGGCCAAACGCACGCUGGAGCGGGUAGGAGAUCGGCGCUCCCUGCAAGAUUGUCAACAGAUCCUGAUGCGCCUGAGCGGUGGCACGACCGUGGUUACAUCCUGAACACACACUUCUGUUGAUUAACUUAGUCCUACAUUUUUAAGCCUGUAUCAUCAUCUCUCCAGUGCUCAGCUUUAGAACAAUCUCGCCACCUUUUGGUCAUUCACAAAGUUGGCUCACUGCCUCAUAUUUAAAAUUGCGCAACCGGAAUAUCAGGUGUAAUGGGGCUUCCAAAGAAAAAGGGACCUGUUUAUAAAUAACUUCAAAUUGGUGCAUUGGCAGUGGUGCAAUGCCACUUUGCAAUUUCUAAAACUGUUUGCCAGCUUCCAUUCUAAGGGCUGUCAAAUGCAUACACAUGAAGACAGACUGGUUUAUGCUGAAUUUUAAGUCGUGUCGCUUUAUAUCUACCUCAAUAACAGUGCGUUUAUACUGUGGGGAAAAAAAGAAAAUACCCCAACACAAGGUCGGUUAUUCUGAAUUG